AUGGAAGAAGACUUGGACUCAACAGACGAGGAAUUCGAAAUGCAUUCAUUUGGGGAAUCAGAUUCUAGUUCUUCCGAUUUAGAAGUUGAGAGGGAACCCUUUGACCAGAAUGCUCCAGCACAACAUUUAUAUCUCUCUUCCGGGGGAAACACGACAAGUAUGGCGCUUCCAGAUCUUGUAGAACCUGGUAUGUUUGCUUCUUUUGUGUGUUUGCUUUUAGAACCUUAUUUAUGGUUUAAUUUAUCUUGUACUACCUGAUUUACCCGGAAGCUUUGUAGACUCCGAGAUCUCAGUGUUGGUCUUCCUUUUGCCAACUCCGGUUGUUCCCUUUGAAACUGUGCCCAUUAAUGCAAAUGAAACUCGGUUUGAGGAGAUCGAGGAUCACCUUAAAAAUGGUUUAGUGGGUUGUUCGUAUAUAGACUGCAGGCAUGAGGUACAUCCACCUCAGAUAUUAGAGAUCGGCACAUUAGCAAGUGUGGAACAGGUUAUUAGAAGAGCGACGGGAUUUGGACUAGUUUGCAAGACACGGCAGAGAUUUAUACUCGUAAACAAAGUCCGGAUGCAUCAAAUACAUUACAGUGGAGACUAUAACACAAUCUGGGUGACAAAUGUUAAGGUGAGGGCCUUGAGAGAUGCCCAACCAGGCCCUUUGUGCAGAGACUACAGCGCGGUCCUAAGUAGAAUCAGUAACACCACGGUAAGGCGUUCGCCUUCUUCCGGUUAGUCGUUUGGUUGUUACCUAAUUCAUGCAGUUUUAGAGACAACAAUACUUGCGGGAGCUGACAAGUUUGUCUCAAGUUGCUCUUCAAUACUCAGACGUUGUAAGUACUGUCAGUGUCUAAUGGAAAUGGUGUUGCAGAAUAAUUACACUAAGAACUUGACUCAAUGGCUUUUGAGAUGGUUUGAUGAAGCCAAAUUGAAGAAAGAACUUGGAAAAGUAAAUUAUAUUCUUUCUCGUGUGUUUAGUAUCUUUUUUAGGGUUUAUUGUCGUUCAGUUUUUGGGUCGCAACUGCCCUUCCAACCGAUGCCAUGGCCAAAAUUGGAUUCCUUCGAGAGAAUUCAGCUGUCAACAGAUUGGUCCUUGAAUGGAAGGCCGCCAAGCAGUUGAGUCUCCUUUGUUGCAGAACUUGCGGAAAGGUCAUAGCAGACAUGAAGGACUUGUUUAAUAUUAUGGCGGAUGGAAUGAGUUCAAAUUUUGUGAAUCCUCGUGAGUUAUCCAUUAUGUAUAAUAAAAGUUGCAGAUGGUUACAUCCACAAUAUGUUUACAUGUACCAAUUUACGAAGUGUCGCGUACACCGGUCCUGCGCAAGACAAGGAUUCUUGGUUUCCAGGGUAAGGUCACCUUUCCCAUUCAUUUUUAUUGUAUUAGAUAUUCUUGGAGAAUCGCCAAUUGUGAGGCUUGCGGUCUGCAUCUUGGUUGGCGAUUUCACAGCAACAAAAAACAGCCCAAAUCGUUUUUUGGCCUAGUGAGGAGUUCCAUAACGGUAAGGGAAGAAGAAGAAGCAAGGGAAGAUCCAUAACAGUUCUAACGGUUUGAAUAUUAUUGUACAUAAGAUGUAUCCAAAGCCUUACAUAAAAUUAUUUGGUAUACGCAAUUAAGAAGUCUGUAAGCUUACUUUUAUUUAUAUGAAUUACAAUAAAAAGACAAAGAAACGAAUAAAAACCCUUAGUAUAAUAUUAGGAGGGUGAAAGAUGAUGGAAAUGGGUUCAAAAUGAAUGUCACAAAUGGAAAAAUAAUAGAAACCGAUCAGAAAACGGGGCAUGAUGACAUAAGCCGAUAUAUAAUUGGGUUGAGCAGCAAAGCGGGACACUUUGAGACAAGGGAUGGACAAGUUGUCAUCAUAAUUAAUUUGGUGGAUAAGGUUAAUAUAAAUUAAAGGGUCCUACAGAAUUAAUGGCCUAGAAAGAGGAUAACAUACUAAUUGAGAGGAUUAAACGAAUAGAAUACCAGUUUAUUGGGAUUUAUAGACAUUUGACGAGCGUGAACUCACCAGUAACUCCUUUGACAAUCAAGAUCACUAG